AUGUGCAGGGGGCAGCAGAAAGUUCGGCGCGCGUCGGGCAUUGCAGCCGUGGCACUCUUCGUCGUGGUCAGUUUGGUGCGGACAGCUCUGCAGUCACGUGUCCCGGCUCUGUAUCGCAUCCAGCCUCUGAGCCUUGUCAGUGCCUCACCAGAGCUGCACCAGUCCCCGGUCGACGUGGCGGUGGGGAUCGGCGCGCCCGCCGAUGCGCCCGCCAAUCCCGCACGGACGGCCGCGAACCAGAAAGCUGCAGAGGACGAUGAAGAGGCGGAGGAAGAAGGGGCCGCAGCGAAGAACGGGCCGGAAGAGGCAGCAGCGCAGAGCAGGACACGGGAGGAGGCAGCAGCGAAUGAGAAGGCCACCGACGAGGGAGCGGCUGGGAAGGCCGUCGCGGGCGACGCGGCGACGGAGGGUGGUGCUUGGCGGAAGCAGGAUGGCCCCCAGAUGUCGCCCGCUUGCCUGAAGGACGCCGUGGAGGGCCCCGCCCGCCUCCAGCGGCAGAUACGCAGCUGGCAGCAGUGCGGCCUCGAGCCCGCGAGCUGCGGGAAGAAUUUCACACCCUUUCUCAUCCUGGAGGGCCAGACGGGAACGACGCAUUUGGCACAAGAUGUUCUCAGGAAGCAUCCAGAGCUGAUGUGGAUCGGCGAAGGCCACGACAGCUGCUUCUUGGACAUGGUGCGCUCGGGCAUGGGGUUGCCAAGUCCGAGGCUCGCGGCAGGCACCAAGACGCAGAGAGCCGAGUCCAUCUUGGACGAGCGCGUCCCGCCUGGGAUGCGGUUCAUCCACAUCACCCGGCUGAACGCCAUUGCCUGGGGGCUGAGCACUCUUCACAAGGAAGAGUUGCUCUUCUGCACCGGCCGCGGGCAGGCCAGAGGGGGCAGCGGCCAGGGCCAGGCCGAGAUGCUCAAGUCGGCCGAGGCGGCGACCUGCACGGCUGACGUGUACGCCCGCAAAAAGGUGAACAUCACGAGGCUGAGGUGGUACGUCGAGAGCAAGGUGCGAUUCGAGAGGGUGCGGAACGAGACCCUUCGUGUCCUCGAGGGCAGGGGCCACCCGGUGCUGCACAUCAGCUACGAGGACCUGCUGGCCGACGAGCAGCGCGUGGUCGACCGCAUCACGCGGUUUCUGGGCGUCUCCCCGGUCGCCGCGAAGGAGGGCAACGUGGCGAAGAAGGGCUCCCGCGACCUACGCGGCAGCUUCACGAACUGGGCCGAGCUCGUGGCGGCCUUCUGCGGGACGGAGCUCGAGCGGGACCUCGGCGUCGCCGGUGGCGGGCCCUGCGCUCCAGGUUAA